CGAGGGUUCACAGUGCUCUGCCACACGUCUGCCCUCAAGAAUCAAGCGCCUCUUCCGGCACCGUCUUCGUUUUAGGAAUUCUUUGCAUCUCCGUUCUCAGGCAUGUUCCGAGAGAUCCACCUAUUGUUCUUCUGGAUCUGACUUUCUUGCAUAUUUUUCUGCCCUCCUUUCUGCCCUCCUUCGGGCCCCCUUAUACCUCCUUUCUCGGGAUUGGUUCGAUGUGAAUUAGAUAUGACCACCGUCGAGGUGACACGGAGAUCAUCAAAAUGCCACACAUUGAGAGUAGCGAGAACACUGCCGCCAGGCAUACACACGAGAAGGACUCCCUCCGCGCCCUCAGAGAACCCAAAGAGCGGGUAACCACUUACGUCCAAGACAACAUCAUCAUGCGCAUCUCUUCCAACUCCCACAACUCCCAAUCCUCCUCCUCCAACCCCUAUUUGGGCUCUGGCACCCACGCUCAUCACUCCAACCUCGACUUCGACCCCAACGGCGGCAUCGGUCACCUCUCCUCCAGCGCCAGCUCCUCCAACGAACAGAGGGGGGGCGCCGACCACAGAAGGAAGUGGUACCGCGAACGAAUGGCGCGGAUUAUUCAGGAUAUUGAGCCGGGACUUCCGCCUUCUGGUGGUCGUGGUCGUGGUCGUGGUUACAACUCUGGUGCUGGUUCUUCUGGCAGUGCUGGUGGUGCUGGAGGGGGGUACGUGUACUCGGGUAUGAUGGGUAUGGGAAGUGGCGGCGCGGGUGCUGGCGCUGGAGGAUAUGGCGGCACUGGUUCUGGUUCUGGUGGUUAUGCCGGUGCUGGUGCCGGUGCUGAUUAUGGUACCACCAAUGGUACCAACGGUACCAACGUUCGUGAUAGCGGCUAUGGGAGUUUCUCUGGAAGUGGAGGAGGUUCCUAUGGUCGUGGCCACUAG